AUGUUCACUGAAACUUAUCUCCAGUACUUGCUGCCAAAGAGCGCUGUUGCCCCGCCCAUACAGACAGCACUCCAGUCUCAUGGGAUGAGCCUGCAACUGGUGCCCAACAUGGGGCCUGAGCACAUAAGGACCUCUGACAUGGUCCUGAGCUCCCCUUGUAAACGUGAUGAGAAGUGUCUGCCCACGUUCUCUAAAUUUGCUUAUCUUCCUACCUCCUACCUUGUCUCUUAUCUGCGCACGCUGCCAGAAACACGGGUGGGGAAGGGAACUCCAAUGGGAAAAGCAGGACUGCCCCGGGAGCCCAGUCACUGUGCGUGGAUUAAUGUGACAUGGUUUAUUUUUAUUAAAAAUGUAGUGAAGCCUGCAGCGCUCAUUAAUUUCACUGAAGAUUGUCCCAAGGCGCUGCUUAUUCCCUACCUAGAUAACUUGGUGAAACAUCUGCAUUCCAUUAUGGUCCUUAAACUUCAAGAGUUGAUUCAGAAAGGCACCAAGUUAGUUUUGGAACAAGUUGUGACGUCCAUUGCAUCAGUUGCAGAUACUGCAGAAGAAAAAUUUGUCCCGUACUAUGACUUAUUUAUGCCAUCGCUGAAGCACAUUGUUGAAAAUGCAGUUCAAAAGGAGCUCAGACUUCUGAGAGGGAAAACGAUUGAGUGUAUCAGCCUGAUUGGUCUGGCUGUUGGAAAGGAAAAGUUUACGCAAGAUGCAUCAGAUGUGAUGCAGCUGUUGUUAAAGACCCAGACAGACUUCAACGAUAUGGAAGAUGAUGAUCCUCAGAUCUCUUACAUGAUCUCAGCGUGGGCCAGAAUGUGCAAAAUCCUGGGAAAAGAAUUCCAGCAGUACCUUCCCGUGGUGAUGGGGCCCUUAAUGAAGACAGCUUCGAUUAAGCCUGAAGUAGCCCUUCUAGAUACACAAGACAUGGAGAAUAUGAGUGAUGAUGAUGGUUGGGAAUUUGUGAAUCUUGGAGAUCAACAGAGUUUUGGUAUAAAAACUGCAGGACUAGAAGAAAAAUCUACUGCUUGCCAGAUGUUGGUUUGCUAUGCUAAGGAGUUAAAGGAAGGUUUUGUGGAAUACACCGAACAGGUUGUCAAGCUGAUGGUCCCUUUACUGAAAUUUUAUUUCCAUGAUGGUGUUCGUGUGGCAGCUGCAGAAUCCAUGCCCCUUCUCCUGGAGUGUGCAAGAGUCCGGGGUCCUGAGUAUCUCACACAGAUGUGGCAUUUUAUGUGUGACGCCCUCAUCAAGGCCAUUGGCACAGAACCAGAUUUAGAUGUUCUUUCAGAAAUAAUGCAUUCGUUUGCAAAGUGCAUUGAAGUAAUGGGAGAUGGAUGCCUUAAUAAUGAACACUUUGAAGAACUGGGAGGAAUAUUGAAAGCAAAACUUGAAGAACAUUUUAAAAAUCAAGAACUGCGGCAAGUUAAAAGACAAGAUGAAGAUUAUGAUGAGCAGGUUGAAGAGUCACUGCAAGAUGAGGAUGAUAAUGAUGUUUAUAUCCUGACUAAAGUGUCAGAUAUUUUACAUUCAAUAUUCAGCAGCUACAAGGAAAAGGUGUUACCAUGGUUUGAACAGCUGCUCCCAUUAAUUGUCAACCUAAUUUGUCCACAUCGGCCAUGGCCAGACAGACAGUGGGGAUUGUGCAUCUUUGAUGAUGUUAUCGAGUACUGUAGUCCAGCCUCAUUUAAGUAUGCAGAAUAUUUCUUAAGGCCAAUGCUCCAAUAUGUAUGUGACAACAGCCCGGAAGUCCAGCAAGCAGCCGCAUAUGGCCUGGGAGUCAUGGCACAGUACGGUGGAGAUAACUACCGCCCUUUUUGUACAGAAGCCCUUCCACUGCUUCUAAGAGUUAUUCAGUCUGCAGAUUCUAAGACCAAAGAAAAUGUCAAUGCCACUGAGAACUGCAUCUCAGCAGUGGGGAAAAUCAUGAAGUUUAAGCCUGACUGUGUAAACGUUGAAGAGGUCCUACCACACUGGUUGUCUUGGCUUCCACUACAUGAAGAUAAAGAAGAAGCUGUUCAGACUUUCAAUUACUUGUGUGACCUGAUUGAAAGUAAUCACCCAAUCGUUCUUGGCCCAAACAAUACCAAUCUGCCCAAAAUAUUCAGUAUUAUUGCAGAGGGAGAAAUGCAUGAGGCAAUUAAACAUGAAGAUCCUUGUGCCAAACGUUUGGCUAAUGUAGUUCGCCAAGUACAGACUUCUGGAGGACUGUGGACUGAGUGCAUAGCACAGCUCAGUCCCGAGCAGCAGGCAGCCAUCCAGGGGCUCCUGAACUCUGCCUGACGGGCCUUAAUAUCACCACCGGAAAACUAACUCCAAAUAAACGUUUA